AUGCCUAAUAAGCUCAUAAGAAAAGAUGCUUUUUAUUUGCCGGCAUUGUUUUUGGGAGGGGCAUCUUUAAGUCAUUAUUUUGCAUCAAAAGAAUUGGAUGAAAUCGAAAAAGAAACUACAAAAUCAAUUUGGGGUUUUUCAACUGGUGUAGUAAUAGGACUAAUAAUAGGCAUAUGCAUAGGAACCAACUAUUAUUACAUUUUUAAUAAAAUAUUUUCAUUUUUUGAUUAUUUUAUGAAAGACGAUUCAGAAGAAAAAAGAAAUUAA